AUGCCCGUCCCCACCAUCACCAACCAGACAGACGUCGUCGUCCGCAUCACCUCCUCCGCCAUCUGCGGCUCCGACCUACACAUGUACCACGGCUUCGGCGGCACGCCCAACGUGCCCUACGGUUUCGGCCACGAGGCCGUCGGCUACGUCUCCAGCGUCGGGGACGCCAUCUCGAGUCUUGAGGUUGGCGACUAUGUCAUCAUCCCAGACAACGCCGACGACGGGCACUGGGGUCCUUCGCAUCCCCUGUCCUUCGGCGUUGGGAGCGCAUCCUAUGGCGGACUGCAAGUCCGUUCGGAGACCGCACGGAUAAUCGUCUUCAGGAGUAAGAGACAACCCAAGUUGACCCAAUCUUCCGUCCUGUACCAGCCGAACUACCUCAGGAUCUCAGAUGUCUUCACAACAAGCUGGCACGUCCUCUCCUACUCAGGCUUCCAACCCAGCGACACAGUCGCCAUCUUCGGCGCCGGGCCCGUCGGCCUCUUAGCCGCCUACUCCGCCAAACUUCGCGGCGCCUCUCGGGUCCACGUCGUCGACCGCAUCGCCAGCCGCCUCGAGCAAGCCGAAUCGUUCGGAGCCAUCCCCAUCGACUUCUCCCAACAAGAUCCCGUGGAAGCGAUACUCAGCCGUGAGCCCGCUGGCGUGACUCGCAGCCUCGACUGCGUGGGCUUCGAAUCCGUCAACGCUACGGGAGAUCCGCACAACGGCAUCGUGCUGGAGAACAUGGUUGCCGUGACCUCCGUGUACGGAGGCAUGGGUAUCGGCGGUGUCUACAACGGCGGCGGAAACAACACCGAAGGAGCGCCCAAUGCCGGGACCCUACCCGCGGAGAUUCCUAUCCCCAUGGCAUCGCUAUGGAGGAAGGGCUUGUCCGUCGAAAGGGAUAUCGUCUUGCCUUUGCUGAGGGCACCUCCUUUGCUGGACUUGAUCGCAUCUGGUGUCGCUAAGCCGAGCUUUGUGGUGACGGCUGAAAUCGGCAUUGAGGAUGCGCCGGAGUAUUACCGUCGUUACAGUGACCACUUGGAGAACAAAGUCGUCAUCCGGUUCCCUUAG